CUCCUCCUCUUCCUGUGACGUCAUACCCACCAGGAGAAACUCCAUUCUAGUCACUCCCGGAAGUGAAGCUGUGAGCCGCAAUCAUGCACCGGAGAGGGGUGGGAGCGGGGGCGAUAGCCAAGAAGAAGCUGGCAGAGGCCAAGUACAAGGAACGAGGGACUGUCUUGGCAGAGGACCAGCUUGUACAGAUGUCUAAGCAGCUAGAAAUGUUCAAGACAAAUCUAGAAGAAUUUGCCAGUAAACACAAACAGGAAAUUCGGAAGAACCCCCAGUUCCGGGUUCAGUUUCAAGAUAUGUGCGCGACGAUUGGAGUGGACCCUCUGGCUUCUGGUAAAGGCUUCUGGUCAGAAAUGCUGGGUGUCGGAGAUUUCUACUAUGAGCUUGGUGUCCAGAUAGUAGAAGUCUGUCUGGCUCUAAAGCAUCAGAAUGGAGGUCUGAUAACCCUGGCUGAGCUCCACCAGCAGGUUUUGAAGGGAAGAGGGAAGCUGGCUCAGGAUGUCAGUCAGGAUGAUAUUAUCAGAGCAAUUAAAAAAUUAAAAGUCCUCGGCAGUGGUUUUGGUAUCAUCCCGGUGGGCGGAAGUUACCUGGUGCAGUCAGUUCCAGCUGAACUGAACAUGGAUCACACGGUGGUCUUACAGCUGGCAGAGAAGAAGGGCUAUGUAACAGUCAGUGAAAUAAGGUCAAGUUUAAAUUGGGAGAAGGAAAGAGCUAAACACGUCCUGGAGCAUUUACUAAAGGAAGGAUUGGCCUGGAUUGACUCGCAAGCAGGAGAGGAGCCCCACUACUGGCUGCCAGCUCUCUUUUCUGAACUUUAUUGUCAACAGAUCACCCCAGAUGAGAGCAUGGUGGGGGCUCCGUGACAUCCAUCACUGAUGACAGAAAUCUCCACUACCUCAGACUCCUCUGUCUACAAAAAAGAAGCCUCUGAGGGAGAGUUAUUUUCUGCUCGGUGUAUCUGACAUGGGCUGCAGAAGAGAUGUAUAUCUGACCUGUAACUUGGCACUUCUAUCCCCCAUUCCUAUCUGACUACUGGAGGUGUGAGAUAUACAGCGACUAAGAGCAGGACGGUUAGUUCAUGUCCAGCCCAUCUGUGCGCCAGGCCAGGCUGUACUUGAUACAUAUGCAGAGGGUCUGCAGUAUUCCUUCCCACGUUUCGAGGCUCCGAGUAUCCAGCAUGGGAGGAAUGGGCCUAUAGCAGUUAUGGAUCCUAGCCUGGCUGAAGAGCAAUCUUAUGUAUCCAUGUAAUAUACUUUCUAUCAAUAAAAUUUUGGAAUAUUUAAGUUGUCA